CUCACACGGCUCUGAAUCUCACCCGCUCACAUAGCGUCUCAUCCUUUCUGACCGCUCACUUCACCUCGAGUUAGAAUGCCCAUCAAGCACCACUCCGCGGAGAAAGUUGACCUUCUCCCCGUUCACAAGUUCUCCUUCCACAACACAACGACUCAGCCUGAGGAAGACUCGUCCGUUGCUGAGCGUAUGCGGCGUCUCCAGGACCAGUAUGACGAGACCGGAAUGCGCCGCUCGGUUGACGCUGUCAUCCUUGUUCAUGAUCACGGCGUCCCCUGCGUUCUGACCACGCAGAUCGCCAAUGACUUCUUCAAGCUCCCCGGCGGAUAUCUUGACCCCUCGGAAGACGAAGAGACUGGACUCAUCCGCCACCUGGAUGAUCUUCUUGGCGCCGGCACCAAGCAGUGGCGUGCGGAGGGACCUCACUGGAAUAUCCACUGCCUCCUCGCGGUCUGGUACCGUCCUAACUUUGACGGGUUCUUCUAUCCUUACAAACCGGCACACGUCUCCCAGCCCAAGGAAUGCAAGAAGAUCUACCUCGUCACUAUGCCUGAGCAGAUGGUGGGCGUGCCCCUGAACAUGAAGCUACUCGCCAUUCCGAUUCACGAGUUCUAUGACAACACGCAGCGCUACGGACCCCAGCUUAGCGCGAUUCCGCACAUGCUCAGCCGGUAAGUCCUCCUCAUGCCGGGGAUGCGUAUUUUGUCCGAGACUCGAGGCGCCCAGAGUCCUGGGAACGACAACGGAGCGAGCCGGGGCGAGGGUUUGCAGUUAACGCCCUCAGCAUAGCAUUCACUCCCAAGCACUGAUCGAUCCACGAGCGUUUCGCCUUGAUCAUCUCUAUCUGUAACAAUAAACGCCUCACGUCUCCUCAACCUCGUCUCCCACGGG